UGCAUCAGCCCUUUCCCUGGGAUAGAGAAGCAUAGUUGAGAUUACGUAAUUCAGAAACGGACUGAUUGCAUUUACGUAGAUAACCCAUUUUAUAGCUUAAUCAUAAUACACUUCCUUUCGUAUGUAUGCCGCAAAUUGAUUGAUAACAUACGCACGCCAUUAUCUCUGCGAUAUCGUCACAAUGUAUGAGUUGGCAGUAUCAAUUAGUUUACCGAUUCCUUCUCUUCCCAGUGUUACACACAUCCAUUUAAUUAGCAAAGGCUAUUACACACCGAGUUCAACAAUGUCGCUCUGUAUUCAACAAAAUCGUCCAUUAAUUAUAGCGUGCGCUGGAAUAUUGGGAGUAAUUUUAUACCUAAACUGGUCCUCAGAACUUCGGAAACAACAUGACAAUUACACACAGCAGAGGUUAAGUCAAACUCUGGAAAUACUGCGUGACAUGGAAGCCAGAGCUAUCGAGUUUUAUGCUCGAAAUGAUCGAGGAGCUGUAGAACCAGGAGUGAAGAGGGAUAAAGAAGAAUUCUCGGUAGCAGAUCGCGGAUUUUGGCAGGGUCUCGGGGCCACAAAAGGUCACAUGUUUGACGUACCCUUGGCCACAGCUCUAGUAGAGUUUAUGAAGAAGGAAAAGGUCAAUACCUUACUCGAGCUUGGGUGUGGGACGGGAGCUUACGCGAAAAUGAUAAAGGAGGCUGGCGUGCUUAUCUCUUGCUACGAUGGGAAUCCCGAGACUCAAGAAUUAUCUGAAGGAAGAUGUGCUAUAGUGGAUCUGAGUAAACCAAUUGAUUUUUGUCAAUUUGAUUGGACACUUUCUCUUGAAGUAGGAGAGCAUAUACCCAAAGAAUUUGAAGAUAUCUUUAUAAAUAACAUCCUUGGGAGCAAGUACGGCAUUAUCCUCAGCUGGGCAGUGGAAGGUCAGGGAGGAACGUCACACGUAAAUACUCGUAAUAACAGCUACAUUCGGGAUAAAAUUGUUCAGAAAGGAUACAAUUCAGAUUUUGAGGCGGAAAAAACUUUACGAGCUGCGAGUACGUUUGAUUGGUUUAAAAAUACGCUAAUGGUCUUUAGGAAACAGAUCUAGUCCAAAACAUUUCUAAUUUUAAAUAAAAUGUGUACAAAAUAGA